GUAUAGCGUAACACCUCUUCCUGCUCCUAAGAGGUGAAAAUGAUAUGUGCAUUAACUAUUGCACUACCCUUAACUACUGCAAAAUAGUGUAAUGUCAGUGAGGUUAAAAUGAGAAUUGAAAAAACAUAGAUUAAGCUGAAUAACAGUUUAGACAAGGGAACAUAAUGCCAUGUCAAAGACUGAAGUUCUCAUGUACGUCUCUGGCUGCCUCCUCUGCAGAUGGGCCCUGGUGUGAUCAUGGUAUAGUUCUAGCCUAUAAAUACAUAUGUUUACGUGGGCUAAAGACAAAGGUUUUUGCAUUCCUGGUGCCUUUUAAUUGGCAACAGCAAUUUUCUGUUCCCUCCCUUAAGUGGAACCUGUUGAACAAUCUGCUUGUAUUUAGCUAUCAGCUUGGUGACUCAAACGUUGGGCCUUGAAAUCAUUUUCUAAAAAUCAAAACAAUGUCUGUGUGCGCGUGUGUGUUGUAGAUGACUAUUUAUUUGAGUUGUAUUGUUUAGUGGGCCUCGAACAUUUGUGAACAUUUCAAGCGGGCCUCAAGUCGGAAUCGGCUGCAAACCCCUGAUGGGUGGUUUGAAGAUACAAGGUGUAACAGAUGUCAACUAGCAGCAGUGUUGAGCAUAGACCGUUAGUAAAUCUCCCUCCCGAAGCCUCAUACAGUAGCGGUAUAGCUGAGCAAUUGGUCUGGACCUUUAGCCCAGCGGUAUCGUGCUGUGCCUCCCAUGCCUGAACUGGAGCGUUGACUGGUAGGUGUAGUGGGUUCGAGCCCCAAGUGGCGAACUAGCGCAGGGUCACAUCUUGGGGUGUAUGCAAGGUCUGAGUUCAUCGGCACACACCACCAGACCUGGAAAUUGUAACUACCCUAUUGGCAUAAUAUUUUCAUCUAUUUUCCUAUUCAUGGCAUUGACUGUAGUUGAGUGGUUCUUAAGGCCAGGGACAUACUUGCUGCCAGACACGCCUGCGCGUGCACUUUUCGUGCAUGCGUCGUGCACGCAUCGCCAUGUGUAUUUACGUCAAUUUUGCACACAGAGCACAAUGUACGGGUACGCAGACGUGUGUGUACGGUGUGAUAUUGUGCGCAUUCGUGUCGGUGCAUGCAGAAGCAGUCUGUGCACAGUGCAUGUGCAAUGAGAAAUUAUAAUGCAUUCUGAAUAGAAAUGUGCGCUGUGCAGGCGGUGUCUGUAUGCACCGUCACGAGCACGCCCCAUAUCGCACCGUACCCACGCGUCUGCGAGUCAAACAAUGAUGGAAAAUAUUAAGGAGAGGCCCAUUGUCUAUCUGCGCCCUACAUGAUACCUGCAGUAUGGUGCGUAGUGUGCUGAUAGCCCUAUUAUACAAGUAUAGCACACGGCCGCACACAGUGGCAUGCGUAAUUUAAGCCAAAGAGCAAGCAUGUCCCUGGCCUAACCUGGGUUCUGGUCCCCUUUUUUAAAAAGAUUUUUUUGUUUUUUUUCGACUUUUUAUUUGACAGAAUAGUUUGAGAGGUGGUCAGGAAGCGAAUGGGGAGAGAGACGGGCAGGGGUCGGCAAAUGACCCGAGCUGGGAAUUGAACCCGGGUCGGCCGUAUGGCAGACGAGUGCCCUACCGGUUGGCCACAGCAGGGCCAAUAAUGUGAUUUAAUGAAGGUUUUUUAAAAUGAUUAUUAUUAUUCCACUUCUGUUCAGGAUGGUCAUACAGAGACGGCCCUAGGGUUAAUGCUCAUAAAACUUGGCUAGUAAUAAUUUAAAUCACUAGCCACGUUUUAGGUAGUUUAUUCCUUGAUUUUGCCCUUUGUGCAUCAAUUGUUUGUGUUUAAGUUCAAGAAAAAGCUCAGUUAUUUAGUUUUUUUAUUUGUUUGAUUUCAAAUUCCAUGUAGAAGGCUAUGCACCUUGCAACAAAAAAACAAAACAAUCAAAUUUGUGGCUAGUACAAAGCUGAAUGGCUAAUGACUCAGGAAAAACCACUAGCCAUAGUGGCUGGUGAGUGAAAUAGUUAAUGUCAAGCCCUGCGUGUGUGCCUAUGCAAAACACAUGAAAAGCAGUCUCCGGAGCAGGAGUGUGUAGUUGGUGAGCAGACAGCACAAGCGCAGAGCACAGAGCACCCAGUUUUCCAUUUCCUCUUUGCUGCUUAUGCAAAAUAAUUCACAGAGAAACGAGUCUGCACUGCACACUUCCUCUUGUUCAGAGUGGGUAUGUUUUAGCAGGUCGAUACAGACGAGGAAGCGCGGUGCUGUUUUGCUGGUUUCUUGUACACCAAAUUCACAUGUGCUCUGCAAUGCAGGUGGCAAACUGAUGACAAUCUUAUGUUGACUGUUGUGUGUGCAUGUUUUGGUCUGAAGGUUGGUCUAAGUGUGCAGUGUUGAACUGAUCACAGAAUUCUAGACUUCUGGGGUGUAAUACUAAGAACAUAGUUAAGUUAUAAACCAGCUUAGUUAACCUACAGGAAGUGGUAAAGGUGGUAAUAGAUACACCUGCAGGCAUCAUAUAGUUAAGAAAAUGAGGACUCCAGGCUCUUCUAUAACAUGAUUUACAGCUACCACAAGGUUAACAACCUUGUUUACUACUGAACCAGCUUCUUAGUACACCCCCCUGUUUAGCAGCAAACCUGUGUAGCCUACUCAUCAACAUAUCAUCGAUGUAUCUGUCAACAUGUUAAUCUUGUCAACCUCAACUCACAGAGUAUAUUUUUUCCACAUUUGUCUGGCCCAACUCACAGAAUAUGUUUUUGCACAAUUAAGUUACCUUUUAUUUAUUUCAUUUUUAUUUUUCCCCUCCCUGUCCAUUACCUGUGUUAUGUGUCUUAAAUGUCCAUGUGGGCAUUAUAUGUAUUUAUCUAAGCUACUUGUUACCUUAAUUUCCACCUUGGGGAUCAAUAAAGUUACUCUACUCUACUCUACUGUACAUUGUUCAGCCUUUUCUACUCCAUCGGUACAAUGCAAUGUAAGACAGCUGUUGCUUUUUACUCAGGUAGAAGCCCAUGAUGAUUAGAUGCAAUGUGCAAUGGUCAUACACAUGCUUCAUCUUGUUGAUGCUUAUUGUGUAGGUUUUAUUUGUUUUGUUUGACAAAACAAUGCAUCAUACAGGCAUACACACUCGCAUAUUGUGUUCAACAAAAUUAAUAUCGGAAUUACAGAGAGCAUAGCAUUGUUGGCAGUCAGAUUCAGCGGAUCAGAACUUUUUGGCCAAAUAAAAAUCUGUUAAUGCAUGAAAAUGCACAAUCUUCUGAUAGUUUAAUUAGUUGAAUCCAUCAGUGGUAAAUACGUUGUAAAUAAGUUGACCAUUGAAAUAAGUGGUAAAUAAGGUGACCAUUGAAAUCUAUCUCUGAUAAGGCCAUAUAUGUACAUAUAAUGGCAUAUAUGAUGGUGAGAGGGCAUGAAAUAUUUCUACAGAAAAAACGUUUUACAUCAAUCAAGUUGUACUGUGUUAGAGAGAAUUAAUGACAUCCCAGCGAAUGGCAUUGUCAGUGGUAUGUUAUUCUCUUCCUAAUUCAGAAUAAACAUUUUGCCUCACUGUCCACAUUUUCAUAAAUACAGGUAGUAGUAUGUAGCAAAAAAGUCGUGUUUGUUUGAUUUUCUUGUUGUAUGGCUGUAAUCAAAUUUGAUAAAUGUUUAGACGAUGUAAAGGCAUUUUUACUCAAUUUGUUUCUCCCCUUAAACACCCAUGAUGAUGUAUGCUGCCUGCCACCUCUUUUUUCCGUCUUUUUACCAGAUUAGUUCGAUGUAGGAGAACAGGUGGUCAGGCUCUUGAUGCACCAGUUGGUAUCGCCAUAACCUUGUGUGUUGGCAGGCAGGGGACAGAUUAUGACUCCAUGGGCCCCUGAGCCAGGCAACAAGAUAGGGCCCCCCUCCAUGUUGGUUCAGGAAAGAUAUGGGAAUUUACCGUAGAAGUUAGAUACCCUUAUGUUGGUGGGGUGAAGGCUCAUUUAUAGAUCAAUAAUGAAGGCAUGGUCUUCAGGGCCCCUUUUGCCCCUGUGUCCCUGGGCUUGUGCCCGAUAGGCCCGUGCAGUAAUCCGUCUAUGGUGGCAGGCUGUGAGUCAAGAGCCUUCUCAGUCCACCCACGCGUGAGGGAGCCAGUGGAAAGGGUGCCAGUUCAGUCAUAAAAAUGUGAAGUGUUAAAAGAAUGUGUUUUGCAGUGUUUUGCAGAAUCAAGUUAAGCCUACAGGCAGAUAAUAUGCAAACCUUGUUGAGGUUUAUUACAUAUUGUUUACAACUGAUUAGGAGCACCCUUAACAGUACAUUCAGAUUUCCAUGCACAGUAACAUGUUUCUCAUCCAGAACGAUCAUUAACGUGAUGCAGACUUUAAGCACUGAAAUCUGUUAGGGAAUGGCUAUAUCUAUAAUGUGGUGUUGCAGCUUUGUACUACAGAUAAAUUAUACUCUACUGUAGAAUGAGUCAUUCUAAUUGUGCAUUUUAUUAUUAUGUUUGUUUUCUGUCUUUUUACCCUGGUCACUCUGAAUCAUUUCAGAUCAAUGAAACUGAAAUGGUAGAUAGAGAUACCUCUCAAGUCAACACAGAAAUAUGUUUUUAUGUCAAUUUCAUUUGUUAAAGGGAGAAAGAUAUUUGAACCUACAUGACCUCAUGCAAAAAAAGUAAAGCCCCCUCAACCUAAUAACUGAUUGUACCACGCCCAGCAGUAAACAUUUUUGUGUCAAGUGUUUUCAAAUUUUGUAGUGUUCACCAACCUCCCCAGCCAAUCCCAGCCCCCACCCGCCCACCUCCCAUUUGAGUGGAAGCUUACAGGUGGCUAAGGCCAGGCCAGAAAUUACAUGAAAAUAAACAGAAACCUGAAGAACACUUUAAUUCAAUGUAUUCAAAACAUUUGUCGUCAAUUGAGUCAUCAAUCAGCCAGCUAUUGAAAUGAGACACUGAUUGAUCAACUGCAAUUGAUGGUCAGUAAAAUAUAAUAUUGACUAUUCCUCAGCUGUAAAAACAUUUAAGUGUAAACAAACAGAAUUUACUGUACAUGAAUGAAUAUGAGCGCAGCGUAUGUAUCAGGCAUCGAGACUGUGUGUGUUUUAGGGGCUGCUGAAAAUGUGUCUAAAUGUAGUCUGUUGUAUAAUCCCUCAGGGGCCCCUUUUGCUAUUUUUGUUCCUGGAUAUGCGUCAGGACCGACUGGGUAUUUUCUCUGGUGACUAGCUUGCAUCAGUAGCCUACUGUGUAGGUUUUCUAGUGUUGAGUGAGAGCGGGGCGGCUUUAAGUUGAUGCUGCUUCUUCUUGCCAUUUGGUGUAUUGGUGAUCCCGGAGAAUGGUGGAGAUGAAAUGGGGCUUGAGGACACAAUGUUGUGGACCAGAGGCAUCAGGCAAAGUAGUGGUCUGCAUUGUCUCUGAAUUUUGGCUGAGGGGUAUUCGGACGAUUCUGAGGGAGCCAGCAACACAAAAAAACAACCAUUGCCCCUGUUCAUGGAGUGAUUACUUGUUCUCAUCUGGUUAACAACAGCUGAAAUCCGUUCGAGCGAAACAGAUCGCGUAAGGAUCAGAUGGGAAAGAAUUGUAUGUCAAGUUAUGGGAAAACCUGAAGAAGAUGUAUCAUUUAUGAUGUUGGACAUAUGUUUGUAACUUGUUUUACAAGCACAAUUUACGACAUAAAAUAAAGGGGCAUAAUGGAGAAAUAUGACUUAGCUACAGAGAAGAAAUGCAGCCGGGAAAGAGAGAAUGUCUUUCUACAGAAGAAGGCAGUUUCAGAGCCAUCACCUGGUAACCGACUGUUCGCUGAGCAAGAUGUCUGUGGUCCUCCUACGGACCUCGAAGGCCAACAGAGGGGUGCCAGUGGAAACGACUCAGAACACAAAUAUCGUCCUGGGAAACCUCAGUCUUCUGUAGUCUCUCAAUCAUCUCAACACAAUGUCCCAUGUCCCAGGGUCAGCCACCAUCCUUAUCCCCAAAAGUUAGCACAUUCAUAUCCACAGCUGCUAAUGCAAGAGCCUGGCUUGUCUGGUGCUGUGGCACAGCUUGGUCCAGAAACUCAUGCUUGGCCCUUGACGUGCCCUUCUACAAAUGAAGAAACCCAUAGUCAAGAAGUGUUCACUCAAAAGAAGUCCCAGAAUUCCCAUGCUGUGUUUGCACAGUAUUCGCGGCCAGGAUCUGAGCCAUAUGAGGAAAUGCAUAAGAAAGAACUGAAACCCAAAAAAACAGGAAAAUAUAUCUGCAACUACUGUGGCAGGGCUUGUGCUAAACCAAGUGUAUUGAAAAAGCACAUUCGUUCACAUACUGGAGAACGCCCCUAUCCCUGCGCUCCAUGUGGCUUUUCUUUCAAGACUAAGAGCAACUUGUAUAAACACAGAAAAUCUCAUGCUCAUGCCAUUAAGGCAGGACUCGUUCCAUUUUCUGAACAGGCAGCUACACGUGCAGACAUGGAUCAGGCCUCGUCAGUAGGAGAAACAGACGUACACUCAGACGGCGAGCAAAGCACUGACACGGAUGAAGAAAGCACAGAGUGUCCUCUAUUCGAGGACAGUAAUUGCCAAAUUCCACAGGUACGAUUUGGAAAUGAAUCUAAUGCAACGAAAAAGUUUGGCCAACCUGUGUAUGCAGACUCUGCAGAGGAGUUCUCAGUAGCGUCUAUGAAGGUGCCCAUCUUAAUUAUUCCCAAACAAGGCAUACCCUCAGGAGCCAUGGACUGCGCCAAUGCUCAAAUUUGUGAAGGCGACGAGUCUCACACCAUCAAGCAGAGGCCCGCUUUGAGACUGACUGAGAAGAAAGACCAAGACCAAGCCUCAGAGCAGUCCCUGAAUCUUUUGAGUCCACACAGCAAAGGGAGCACAGAUUCAGGGUAUUUCUCCAGGUCUGAAAGUGCAGAACAACAAAUUAGCCCACCAAAUACCAAUGUCAAAUCGUACGAAGAGAUCAUGUUUGGAAGGACGUGGUAUAAACCAUCCAGGCAGAAACAGCCCAUUAGUCCAUUAGGAAUGGUAGCUGGCCAAGACAGUGACUUCAUCAGCAUGAAUGAACCUGAUGCCAUGCUGGACAUGGGAAUUAGAACAGUGGAACGUGGGUUCCUGAAAGGUGACAGUGCAGAAAUGCAAAGGCUACCUAAAGGUGAGGCAAAUGUACACACCCUGGCUCCUCAAGCUAGCACUAGUCUUUUAGAACCUCCUUCUGAUUCAGGGCCUUUAAUGCGUAGCAACUCAAUGCCAACGUCCUCUUUAACAAACCUUACCGUUCCACCAAAUCUCAGAGGUAGUCAUUCAUUCGAUGAGAUGAUUACUCAAGACGAUGUCUUCUAUCCUGGUGCAGCUGGUUUGCGAAGACUCAGGAGACAAGCUGCCUUUGAGCACUCAGCCCAUGAGGGACAUGCAGAUUCAGAAAACUCUAUUAUGCUCUCUAAGAUAACAGUUCCACCGUCAAAGUAUUGGGAUAGAGGCCAUGUAAUUCAGGAUUUCAGAACCUUAGGAAAAGAGGGACAUCCCUUUGUUCCACCUAUUUAUGUAGGAGGUACUGCUGAAGGUGCCACCAGAAAACGCAGGAUAGAAAAAAGUGUCGGAGAUGAGGAAGAUUCUGGUGGACAGGAAGAGGGUAGUAAAAGUGGUGUCGCUGAGAUUGCUGAUGAUUAUGAUCCAAAUAUGGGCCAUGAUGCCCCAAGAGGCACAUCCACCGAGAAAGCCAUGUUUUAUUCCCAAAGCCAGUCAGAGAGUUUGGACAAUGGGAAUCAUCCUAGUUCUGAAGAUUUAGUUUUUGUUCCAGAUCCUGACAGGAAAACAACAGGCAAUGUAAUUUCCGUAAUACAGCAUACAAACUCAUUGAGUAGGCCAAACUCAUUUGACAAGUCUGAGUCCAUUGAUCUGAACCCAUGUUGUCAAGACAAGCCAAGUAGAAAGCUAUUGGAACAUUCUGAUGUAGAUUUUGAGGAUGGUAAAAGCCCAGAGUUCAUAUUGAGAUAUGAAAGCAUGGACCAACACCAACACAGUGAUCAUGAGCGUUCUGGAAUUUCAGCAAGCCAGCAGUAUCAUGUGCCCCAUAAACUUGUGAGGCAGCCAAAUAUUCAAGUGCCCGAGAUUCGAGUGACCGAGGAACCAGAGAAAGCAGACCGGGAGGCAGAGGUGGCAACCGCUAAAGAACCAGAGAAGCCACCCGUGGUGGAGGAGUUCCAGUGGCCUCAAAGAAGCGAAACCCUGUCUCAGCUUCCUGCUGAAAAACUUCCUCCCAAGAAAAAACGCCUUAAGCUCGCAGACAUGGAAUACUCCUCCGGAGAAUCAAGUUUCGAGUCUACUUGCACAAGCCUGUCACGCAGUCCUAGUCAAGAUAGCAAUCUGUCACAUAGUUCCAGCUUGUCAAUGUCAUUUGACAGAGAGGAAAGUCUAAAAUGCAUGUCCCCAACCAAACUGGAUGACUUAUGCAAACAGUCUGACUUUUUAACUGUUCCUGGCCAUACACUCUCCUUACCAGGUCAUCAUCACAAAGAGAUGCGGCGUUCCUCGUCAGAGCAGGCUCCGUGCACAUUACCCGCAGACUUACCAGAGAAUCGUAGUAAGUCAUUUGAUUACGGAAGUCUCUCCCCCACUUCCAAACAAGGGGAGCUAUACAUAAGUCCCUCCUCCUCAAAACAACAAAGACGAGGUUACCUUGUGCGGCAAGCAUCUUUAAGUGUGUACCCUGAGACUGUUUUGCAAGAACAAAAUGUAGAUUUGAGUAUGAAGAAGGAACAUGCUGACAUUGUGACUGCAUCAACCCUAGGUUGGCAGGGCAGUUCCCAAACAGCUUGUCAUGGUUCAACCACUGGUGAAGAACCAAAAUCCAAGAAACUGCAAGGCUCAUCAGACUGUGAGCAUUUUACAAAAGAAUCCACACACCAAGAAGCAGUGCUGCACCAUUCCUUACCCCACACACUUCAAAACUGGGAUAAUUGCCCCCCACAGAAGCAGAUGCAUUACGUGUACAGUAAACAUGACUUGCCUACAAUACAUAUUAGACAUCCUGGUUUGUCGCCUGAUAAGCGGCAGUUUUCUCAAACUCUUCAUCUGGACCAGAGUGAUGAAGACAGAGGUUGCAGUCAAAGCUACUGCCAGCCUCUGCGUCGUUACUCGCAUUCACCUCACUCAACACCCUUACAUAGUUCAGCUACCCUGCCAGGGAUCUCAGAUUCGUCUUUCCAAGGCAUGCUGGUUCCAGUCAGGAUCCCAACUCAUGUCCCAUCCUACAGCAGUAUCAUGUAUACCAGUAUGUCAGACAUCGUACCUUCUCAUGCACAGUGCACAACUCCAAGGGUAAUAUCCAUUGAAAAGACUUUGCCAAUGUCAUUGGCAGGAAUGGCUUCAAAACGUGAAUCAGGACUCCAUUUAACACAAAGUUUUGGACACCCUGAUGCAUGUCCAGUUUGGAAAAUUCCUAAAGAAAUGUCUGGAGUAUUGAACACAGGAAUUCCUCUUUCUUUGACCUCUGGGACUGUCACAACUACAGAUUCUUCAUGUGCCAUUGGUGCAAGCAAACGUAUGUUAUCCCCAGCUAACAGCCUCGAGCUCUUUAUUGAAACCAAGCAACAAAAACUGGUCAAAGAGGAGAGAAUGUACGGUCAAAUAGUGAAGGAGCUCAGUGCAGUUGAGCUGAGCAAUACAGGGCCAAGUAAAGGCAAUUCAGUGUGUCUCUCUAAGAAUGAUGCUGCUGAGCAGGAGAAAAUCCCAUCAGCAUGUAAAAUCCCCAUCACCAAAACACCUACUAAGUUGACUGCUCUACAGCACCGUGUUGAAGCUUUAACUCCACCGUUGCCAAUUCUACCAGACAAUCAGAACAGAACAUUAUCAUUAGACCAGUUGGAUGCCGAUGGACCCGUCUCCGACCAUCACUGCUUCCCAAAGAUGUCGACCGCCCAAGACACUCCGGGUGAAAGAAUGCAGGACACGACCAGUAAACCACCCAUGAACCAAAUGCUUGUGCAACUUGUUGCGAAUCAAGCAGGCGGGCGGCCUGGGUGCACUUUCCUCCUAACUGAUUUAUCAGACAAACAGCAGUUCUUUCAGUUCCCGACGCUUCGGACGACAACCGGCGUAAGCUGGUGUUUCCUCAAUUACACCAAACCAAAUCAUUCUCAAACGACGCCUAUAAGUUCUGUUUACGGCUCUUGGAGUGUUAGUUCUUACAAUCCAAACCCCUUCAGCCUCAGCACUAAAGCGACGUUAGCACUGCUUUGCUCAAGGCAAACCAAGAACACUGAAACAUACACAACAGCUGCUAUGCACCAACCUGGCUCUGGACGCCUAGUGUCAUCUUUGCUAUGGAAGCAGAGGCUCCAUCAGAUACCAUGUGGGCAACCCAAGUCAGAGAUCAUGCAAAUAGAUUCAAGCGAAUACGGUCAUCAUGAAAAGAGUCUUAGCCCACAAGGGAACGAGAAUGAUCGUGGAGAAAAGGAGCCCAUCUCAAAGAAGACUGAGCCAACUCGCAUCAAAAUCUUUGAAGGAGGGUUCAAGUCAAACGAGGACUAUGUUUACGUGCGGGGCAGGGGGAGAGGCAAGUACAUCUGCGAGGAAUGUGGGAUACGCUGCAAGAAGCCAAGUAUGCUUAAGAAGCACAUCCGCACACAUACUGACGUGAGGCCGUAUGUUUGCAAAUUCUGCAACUUUGCCUUUAAAACUAAAGGAAAUCUGACAAAGCACAUGAAAUCCAAAGCCCACAUGAAGAAGUGCCUGGAGCUCGGGGUGUCAGUAACAUCCAUUGAUGGGGAUGCUGAGGAAGCCGAUGCUGUAGAGGACAGCCCCAGAGUUGGCCUGACGGACCAUCAGUUCUCAGAUGCCGAGGACUCGGAGGGAGCUGAAGAUGACGGAGACGACUUGGACGAGGAUGAGGAGGACGAGGAGGAGUACGAGGGCGACUCGACUCCGCGGACGUGCUCUCGAAGCACAAGCCCUCAGCCCAGUAGUCUCGCUGCGCUUGCCGCUACCGUGGUUACCGCCUCCCAGGGAUGCAGCACCACAGACUUGAUGCACCCUGGCUGCAAGCCCUCGGUUUACAGUUUCUUAACAAGCCAGCCCAUCAUCCAGGCCACGCAGCUUAGGAGUUACGAGCGUAUGGGAGAGCUGUCCCCGAUGCAAGAGUAUCAGAGCUUGUUGCAUGGAACCAUGGCAGCGAAUAACCGGCACCAGUUGAGCGUGCAGUCCUCCUUAAAGGAUGAUGACUUCACCUCGUCACCAGAGCACAUCUCCCCUUCUUCCCCGUCGUGCCUGUCGUCCUCUGGGUACGAGUCCUCGCCUCUCCGAGAGCCUUCUCCUACAUCCCAGAGAUACGCUAUGUUCAGAAGGGAGCUGUCGCCCCGUAGGCACUUACCCAACAAGAGAGAGCCCCAACAACACGGUCAUCAGCACUUGUCUCCUAGGAAGGACUUUUCACGCAGAGAUGUGUCCCCGAGGAGGAGUGAGCUUUCGCUUUCACCCACAAACCUCCUGUCGCCCACCUCCGGUCUGAGCCGUCCCUCAUCCCCAGGGAGUGAGCUCGGUGGCAGGAGGGACCUCUCCCCGAGGAGUCGAUACAAAAUGAGACCCGUUUCCCCAAGGAGGGGGCUUCAUCACCACAGCGCCUCGUGGAACCAGGGACAAAACUUACACGCAGAGGUUGUUGGUCUUGUCCAAAAGGCAAGGAGUGCAUCUGAAACUGACAUGGAGCAGACAAAGAAGUUGGCCGAAUUUGGCAGCAGGAACGUCAGCAGCUGUAUAGGAGCCAGCGCUUCCUCCCUCUCCUCCUCAACUCAUGGUCUGUUCAGUCACCUGCCCUUACACUCCCAACUGCAGGUCCGUGCGCCAUUCCCAAUGGUCCCCAUCGGUGGUAUACAGAUGGUGCAGUCUGCUAGGUCCACCACCACUACCACCACCACCACCACCACAGGCCUCCCCACCCCACCUUCUGCUGCCCAUGUGCCCUUAGAAAGCAACGCCACACCAGAGAAGUGUAGCGCUGCUGCCGCGGCGCGCCAGGAAGCAAACAGCCAGAAGUUGCCCGGUGACGGUAGACACAUCUCGCACAUCCCUCAAACUGCUGGAACGAGGGAAGAGCCGCCUCCGCCGACCACUCUCACUGAAAAAUCAGGAAAAAGGAUUUCCGAUCAAAUGUCGUCGGACGCGAAUGGCCAACAGGAGGAAAGCGUACAGGUUUGCACCAAGGCCAUCGCGUCACUCCGUAUUUUCUCUGAAGAGCCACGGGAGAAGUCACCGGCCCAUGAUGAUCCAACACACACUCCCUCAGAUUCAGAAGACAAGACUUGUACCCCCAGACAGCCGUAUCAAGAUUCGUCUGUGAAGUGACUCAGAUGUGUAUCCAGUAACCAAUAACAAGCUCCGCCAUUCCACUACACUCCAACACGGGACAUUUUUACUGUAGUCUCUACACAGUCACAUCCGUGAGAAGGUACCAGCUUUACAACGCUGUGGGGUCAUGAUUCUCUUUAAGGGCAAGCAAAUGCACAGAGAAUGAUCAAACAUAACGAAAAGGGAAAUUCAGCACAAACAUUUGCAAUUGUUUACAUGUGAAAAUACAUGCAUAAAUCCACAUUUUAAUCAAGCAUGAUGUUAUUUGAUUUUUUAUGUAGUUGAAAUGCAUGUUUACAGCAUGCCUUUUUGUUAAAAAAAAAUGUUUUACACUCUCAAAGAUGAAGAACAUGUAACUCAAACCUAACCUGAUUUUGACCAACCAUGCUAAUAUACCAUUUGCCUGGUACUUUUAUGUAAAAUAUGUGUGCCUUUUCUUUACUUUCUUGCCUACAGUCUUACUUGCAUCUAAAGCAGGAACGCAUGUAAAUUCCUAUUCUUUAAUGUCAGCUAUGUAAUAAUGCAAUAUUAUGUGUGAUUUGAAAAACUGGGAUUGAAUGGCGUGAUUUUAUCAGUAUGCCAGGUUGCACUAAACUUAUUUUUAUAUGACAAAAAUAAAAAUGUACAGUAAUUUAUUGUAUCCUGUUUAUGACUGUACAAAGUUCUUAAUGUUGUGGAUGCCUUUUUCUAUGUGAUACUUUUUGUUUUAGCUGUUUUUGUAAUUUAAGCAACAACUUUGCACUGUAUAAUAAGCUUUAUGCAUAUACGGUCAUAAUAUAUCAAACAUAUUACUUUCCCUCUGCCUAUUAUGCAUAUUUGCAACCUUCCCCAUGUUUCUGAUACUGGUAUAUAAGGUUGUAUGACAAUAUCUUGUCAGUCGAACUAUAGCCUUGCUGAAGAACCAACAGCAGCCGUUACAGCUACAGUGUGACUUUUUCUAAUGUACAUUACAUUUUAUCUGUUUUUAAAGCAUUAAGUGAAUUUACCUGAAUUAACACAAUCAUCUUUUUAUUUUUUUAAAUCGCUUUGAACUCAAGCUCGCUGUGGCUAUAGUGAAGUAUUAAACACACUUUGAAUAUUUGUUGUGAAUAAUGUGAUGUACUUGAUUUAUUGAUCCAUUUUAGAAGCAUUCCAGCAAAUUAACGUUUUGAUUCCUAAUGAGUAAAUGAUGUUCUCGUAUAAUCCAUAAUUAUGGACAUGUCCACUAGGCUGUGCCUUUACAUAUAUAAAUAAUAAUAAUAAUAAUACAAAAGCACAAGCACAUAUCUACCAAACAAAACUCUAACAACAGCACCUUAUAUUCAAAACAAACAUUUGGUGUCAUUGUCAAUAUGAAUUUUAAAUCAUUUUGGCACCACUUCAUUAUGUAUCUUGCUAUAUAUUACAGAGUGUUCUUCUCUUGUGUGCGUGUCGGCAGCAAUUGUCUGCUGUACUUACUGCGGUGGUUCCCAAACUAGGGGUUGGGGGCCCUAAGGGGGUCACAGAGGUCCUGCAGGGGGGUCGCAGAGAAGAGUGAAUGGCUGCAUAAAACCUAGACAAUAACUUAAGCAUGUCUACUGUAUGAUGGCAACAUUAACAACAAAAAAUGUUUUGCAUUUGGAAUGCGGGAUGUGGGAGCGGGGUUGUGGAAAUAUUCGUAGAUCCAAAAGGGGGGGUCCCAGCAGCAAACGUUUGGGAACCACUGUAUUUACUGUGUUCUUUUCUCUUCAGCUUUCCUUAGUCAUUAAAAUUUGCAUUAUGGUAUUUAACAUGGUGUGCGGAGGUGUCCAAGCACAAAUGACUGUAUAGCAAUGGGAGACAAUAUGAAAGGUAACAUGGUGGUGAUGUUUUGUGAAAAAUACAAUGUUUUACUAUGUAUUAACAUGCAGGUAAAAGUGGUUACUUCAUACAAAUAAAGCAACAAAAAAAAACUUUUCAGACUUUUUUGUGAUUAGUGUUACUUAAUUUUCUUCAUUUUCUUGAAUUAAUGAAUCAUGUUGAAUAAAGCCACUGGAUUGUAUGUUUAUGAAUAAAACCCAUG